AUGAAGUAUAGUUGCCCACAAUGCGACUUUGUGGCUCAAUUCGAAAGUGCGCUGAAAAUGCAUCAGCAACUGCACCAUGAGCGGCCUGAUGAGAAACUCCUGAAUGUAAACAGCACCAGUGCGGAAAAAUCCAAGACGAUGCCUCGUUCUAUGUCACCGGAGACAAUUUUUUCAAUCAACAAGGGAUCUAAAUUAAUUAACCGCACGUCUUCAGCUACGCGUUUGUUCGACAAACUACGGGCACGCAUCUGCCGCAGCCGAACGUCGCUGGCUGUCCAACCUGAAGACAUUGCUGACAAUACCUACAACGAAUUAUCCGCCAAUGAUACUUCUAUGGAUGUGAGGAGUGAGGGUACCUCGAAGCUUCUAAAACGUGAUAUGUCUCGAAUUAGUGCGAUCACAACAAUCAAAGAGAUUAAGGAAACUUAUUCUUGUCAUCUCUGCACAUUUGAUGCUGAUCGAAUAACUGUUUUGGACCGACAUCUUUUAAACGACCAUAAAAUCGGCUUAGAAACUCUUCUAAAACUUGUGAUGGCUAAAACCAGGGAAGGUCUAACCGAAGCUCCUCCGCCUACAGCUUUCGGCAUCAGACAACCUUACUAUAAGAAUACAAUGGACUUAAUGGAGGAGGGGGAAUUCAUGAUAGAGACCGUGGCCCCGAAGGUGAAAAUAUUAAAGAAUUCCGCCACAAACACUGACCUCAAAAUGACAGAUAUACCAGACUUGAAAGACAAUUGUCAAAUGAUAACUAAGGAGUUGGAAAAGUUGAUGACACAUUCUGAAAAAUGUGGCAAUGAAGACUUUCUGGGGAAGAUGCAGACUCUCAACGAAUAUAUGUGCAGAUUUGUUAACUCAUCCAACACCUUAAAGAAGACACUGACGAAAGAGUUUGGUUCCAAAAAUUCAGUGCGCGAGCGAAUGAGCGGUGAUCAGCAGCUUUUUGAAUUGAGUUUAGCAGAAACAGAUUCGCCUCGCGAAUGGGAAAGAUGUCAUAGCGAGAAAAUAGACAGGAGCAGGAACAAGCACUCCGAUAAUAAUAGAGGCGAUAAGAAAUUGGUAGCAGAGAGUUUUUACUUUUAA